AUGCUUCAGAGGUUGAAGCUGAAGCUUCAGCCAUCUGACGAAGCCGUUCGGGUGGCAAAGCUCGGGCUGCGGGUCACGCUCGAGAUUGCAGAGAAGGCCUGCGAUGGCUUGCCCAUUCCUGGCGCGCAAGGCAGCAUUACUGCACUUCUGGCGAUACUACGUGGAGUCGAACGUUUGAGCCGCAAUGCGGAGGCUGAACAUGUACGCUACAUUCACGAGGAAGUCGUGUUGCCAGUGCAAGAUGCACUUCAGAAGGUGGAGGCCAGUGAUGGGCUGCGAGGCGUUUUGGAUACGUUCGGCAGCGACCUUGAUACUGCUAUGCAACCAUGGCAAUCUCGAGAGCCCCAGAACUUUGUAAGGAGGCUCGUUGGCUCUGAGGAUCAAGAAGGCGAGAUACAAAAGCUGGCAUCUAGUAUCAAGAUGGUUAUCGAAAGGUAUCAGCUAAGCGCCCAUGUUCGCGGAGAGCUUGCUCUGGUGAGAUUGGAGGACAAAGCUGCGCAUACAUCCCGCCAGGUAGAUGCACAUGUAACGCAGCAAGAUAGCAGAGAACGCAACAGGCUUGUCAAUACUCUUCCGCGUGCCAUGAGAGCGAGUUACGACUCCGGUAGAGAUGGUGGACCCGUCUCUUGUCUACCAGGGACGCGCGUCACAGUCCUCGCUGAACUGCAAAUUUGGCUUGAGGCCCGCUACGCACCUCACGUCUUUUGGCUGAAUGGCCCUGCCGGAUCUGGCAAGUCGACUAUCGCGAAGUCUCUCGCUGAAUCUGCUUUCGUCCGAGACUACCUGGGCGCAACGUUCUUCUGCUCGGCGCUGGGCGACGGGUCCCUCGCUGACCCAAACAUCAUCAUCCCUACAUUGACAUAUCAACUGUCACGUACCAUACCACGGUUCAAGACGGCUUUGGCCAAGACCCUGGAGCACGAUCCGGAUGUCGCACACAAGGAUCUGGAGACCCAGGUACUCCAACUCUUGAUUGAACCGCUGAAAGUCGUACAGGACUACGACGUCAUCCUACUUGUACUCGACGGGCUCGACGAAUGUUCGCCCGAACGCACUGCCGCGACACUCCUACAUCUGCUCGUCAAACAUACCGCCAAGAUACCGGUAUUGCGACUACUCGUAUCGUCUCGCCCGGAGCCUCGCUUGCGCUCUGUCUUUAGGCAGUGUGCUGGCAUACAUCGACGGCUUGCGUUACACCACGUUAACGCAGACCUCAUUCAACAUGAUAUACGCAUGUACCUCCAUAGCGCUCUAUCCGCAAUACCCGAAGAAUUGGAUAUACCCAAUCUCUCUGAUUGGCCACGAGACCGCGACGUCACCGCUCUCGCGGAAAAAUCCGGCCAGCUCUUCAUAUAUGCCGCGACAGCAGUCCGCUUCAUAGCCCACGAUCGCAUCCGCGAUCCCCAACGCCAGCUCGACGUGCUGCUCGGCAUGCGUACUGUUUCAAACGGGAAGCCCUACUCUCCACUCGACGACCUUUAUCUCCAUCUCUUGAAUGGCGCUUUGCCCAGUGAUGCAGAGCCUGAGGACAUCGAGCGCUUCAAGUCCGUACUCGGUACCAUCCUGUCCUCGCGCGAGGUCCUCCCGCUUCCUACGCUCAGCUUCUUCGCACAAAUCGAUCAGGCGGCGCUAUCGCGUGCCUUGUAUCAUCUUCAUUCGGUAAUCGUCUCAUCGGAUGAGGCACCACGCGUCUACCACCCUUCCUUCGCCGAGUUCAUCACAGAUCCUCAACGUUGCACCGAGCGCUUCUACGUCUGUCUGAAUGGACAAAACCAAGUUAUCGCCGUCCGUGCCCUGGAUGUUCUUGCAGUGGAUUUACGACGCGGAAUGAGGCGGGUUGAUCUUACGCCCGAGAUACGUUACGCCUGCCGAUAUUGGGCUGCACAUGUCGAUGCAUGCCCUGAGCGCUCUGUCGUGAUGAGCUCUCUGGAGGUCUUCGCUCACAAUUCCCUGAUCCUUUGGUUAGAGGCGAUGUGCCUCAUGGACGUCUUCUACCUGUCUCCAAUGCUCCUCGCAAGUGUACGCCAGUGUGUAACUAUGAGUUAUACCCAAAGCGGCCAAGUAUCACCCGCCAUGCUCGAGCUUAUCGACGACGCGUAUCGUCUUGCGAUUAUCUAUCAGGACGUCCUUCACGGCGCGCCGGAGCACCUCUACCUUUCCGCUCUUCCAUUCUUGCCAUCGUCUUCGGCGCUGUUCCAAACCUACGAGCCCGAAGCCAUCGAUGGUGCCAUCGUCUUACGACCUUUCGAGGAGCAAUGGUCACCGCUCUUGCGUAGCCUGGAUUUGCAUGAUUGUCAUGUACCACUACGAGCCAGCGUACUCUCUCCAACGGGAUCUGUCGUUGCCUUGGUCCGCAUAUCGGGUUGUUUGGAGUUGCUGGACAUGGAUGCACCCGUCGCAAAUGAGACCAGGCCUCAGAUGUCGACGUUGUCCAUGAGCACUUGCGGCGCUUCAGAUCACAAGCUGGCCUUCUCUUCGAAUGGAAGGCUUCUGGCUUGCGCCUAUACCUCAAGCAAGGGGGCGCGCAUAGUUGACAUUUGGGACAUAUCUUCCCACGCGUUAGCCCAUACAGUGACCGAAGACGUUGGCUCUGCCGCGCCAGCCGUCGCCGUCGCCGUCGCUCCCGAUGGCAGGCACGUCGCUACCGUUACGCUUGCCACCGACACAGCGCAUCUCUUUAUCUGGAGCCCGCUCGAGACGAGCCUUGUCACGGUCGCGAGUAUAAUUCCGUCGCAAACAUCGGAACCAUGUUUGGCAAUGUUCACAUCGUCGUCUGGUCCACAGACGCGCAUUGCCGUCGGAUCGAACGACGGUGUCUGGUUGUUCCAUACCAAGGAUCAACGUUCAUCAGAUCGUCUUGAACCUCAUCCGGGAGCGACUACUGCCAUCGCUACUUCCCGCGAUCACAGCAUGUUGGCGUCAACGUUCCGUGGCUCAGAGUUGGCCCUCUGCCUGUGGGACACGAACACGCUCAUGUGUGUGUAUACGCUGUCCCUAUCGACCAGCCCUAUCGUAUCGCUGGCAUUUCGCGACGACGGCGACCAACUGGCGCUUGGCUCAGAGGAUGGACAGCUCGUUCUUUACGAUCGGGACAGUGCCUCUUUCACGCCAUCCGCCUUUGUCACCAUCGCGGAUCCUCAAACAUCCGUCACAGGGAUAGCAUACUCUUCGGACGCCAUCCGUUUGCACACCGGUACGAUGUUCGGCGUCUACAAACAAUGGCACUUGCGGGACCUAGUCAAGUCGCCACCAACAAUCGACUCGCUUCCCGCCGGCCUCCCCGAGCAUUGCGCCUUCAGCGUCAACGGUACACUCAUCGCGCUUCCCGUAGGCGACUCGUACGCCGUCUCUGUUGCGGUAUACGACGCACGGACCGGCGCACACACCCUGGACUGCAUUUCGACUCCUCACACACAUUGGGAUACCAAAACCGCGCCCUUGGGGGCAAAGGCUCCACCCAUCCGUGUGACAGCCCUUGCGUUCUCUCCGGAUGGGACCCUUCUCGCGGCCUCGUGCGCCUCGGAGCGCACGUACGCACUCGUAUGGGACACAAAGACGGGAACACUCGCACGCAUCGUGAACCUCGUCUACAUGGGCUUACACUGCGAUGUCGCCGCGCUCUCAUUUAGCCAAGAUAAUCGCGUCCUGUACGCACAUCUGCGACAAUCAGUCACCCUUCACCUCCCUGGCACCCGAGUCUUCGAGCCCCCAGCACCCGGGAAGCUCGCAUUUGACCUGCGCGCGAACAGGAUGCCCUCUCUGUUGCCGGACCGCGGCGAUGCUGAUGUGGAGGACCCGGAGGCGCUGCAUGUUUGGGUGGACGAGGAGGACGCGCUUCGGAUGCGCCACGCCGAUAUGGUGUUUGAGGAUAGUACACUGCUCGCACGGCUUCCGGCUGGAACGAUCAAGCGGGCUUUCGGGUAUGGAGACCGCGUCGUCGGUGUGUCGCCGGAGGGGAAGGUCUGCAUACUGGACAUUUCGAAUUUCAUCUGA